AUUAUUAUUGUGAGCAAUAGAUCUACACUGUUUGACGUUUCCGCCCGGUAUUAUUCUCGAUAAGGAGGGGCAAACAAAUCGUUGGCAACAAGCUCAGAGUCUUGAAAUGAGAUAAGUCUUUAACAGAAGUUGCUUGUGCAUUUGAUUCACGGAGCAAUUAAAAAGCCAUCAUGAGCUCUUUGAGAUUCCACCAGAUUAAAGCCUUUGCACUGGGCUGGUUAGCCUAUGCUUCAACUUACUUCCUGAGAAAACCUUUGGGUGUGAUAAAGGCAGAUCUCCAGAGGGAUUUAAGUUUCUCCACGUCACAGCUGGGAUUUCUGGACACUGCUCUUCUACUACCCUAUGCUGUUAUGCAGAUGAUUCUAGGACCCCUUGGGGACAAAUUUGGGGCACGCAAGACAUUUGGAUUCUGUUUAGUGCUUUCUGGAAUGUCAAUGGUUUUCUUUGGCAACUUCAGUAAUUUCUUUGUCUUUUUUGCACUCCUGUUUCUCAAUGGAACAGCUCAGUCACAGUGUUGGCCAAACUGUACCAAGGGUUUACUCUGCUGGUUUUCAGACUCAGUCCGUAACUCUGUGUUUGGCAUGUUUGGUACAUGUGCCUUUGCAGGGGGAAUUAUGGGCACCAUGAUAGCGGUCUAUGUUCAAGCUAAUCAAGGGUGGCAGAAUGUGUAUUUCUGGCCUUCUAUUUUUGUGAUGGUGAUGGGUGUUUUGGUGUUGAUGAUGUUCCAGCAACCCGAUGAGGUGCAGGCUGAAGUACCAGGAAAAAACUCUGCAUCUCCGACGAAAGGGACCGCAGCGGAUGACUCUAUGGAAAAACCAAGAAUGAUAGACUUAUGGAGAUUGCCGAUGAUACCAGAGGUGUCCUUUGCGGUAUUCUGCAUCAAGGUUGUGCGCUACUGCAUGUACAUGUGGCUGCCAAUGUUUCUGCUCCAGUCAUUGAACUAUUCCCAGAGCAUGGCCGGCAUCUUCUCCACAGUCUUUGAAAUUGGUGGCGUCACAGGCAGCGCGCUCAUUGGCUUUGCACUGGACAAAUUCUACCAAGGUCAGACUCUGCGUGGCAUCACCAUGUUUGUCCUCAUCUCCACUCUGGGUCUGGUUUUCUUCAUCCUGACCAGCUCUUGGGGUGUCCUCUUCAACUCUGUCUUCUUGUUUAUUGCUGGAGCCUUCAACGCCGGACCAGACAUUCUUUUAUGUGGCACUGUGCCCACAGAGCUGGUGGAGAAGCACAACAAGAAUGCAGCUGUGGCCACCGUUGGGUUGGUUAAUGGUUUUGGUAGCAUAGGGACCUGCAUUGAGGGUCCCAUCAUCGGCUUUGUAGCAGCCUACACGGGCUGGUCUGGCAUGUUCUACUUGAUGAUUAUCCUGUCUGCGAUGGGAACCUUGUCCACUUACCGGGCUGCUUCGAUCCAUGCAAGAGUGAAUCAGUCAGCAGCUGACUUCAUUGGGAAUAUAGCGUAGUCUCGCAGAGUGUGUUGCAGAGUGGAUGUGUACAUUCUUGGUUAUUUAUUUAAUUCAGGGUCAGAUCCAAACCUUUCUUUUCACAUACAUUAUAUAUUUCUGUUUCAUUUUUGGUAUGUGAUGAAUGCUGCGGCUGUAUUCUUGUGAUGAUGAAAGCCCAUAUCAAAUUCCUUUGCUUGAAUGCAGAGUUCAUUGCAAUGUUUUCAUGACUGAAAGUCCUUGUAAAAUUUACACCUUUAUUCUUUAUGGUUUCAAAUUUUCGUUGAACAAGAAAUGGUCAAUGGUGUGUUUACUGUCUUGUAAAAUGGUUUACCAACUGAACUUCUGUGUUGUCCAUGACUAUGGGAAACAUUACAAAAAAUAAUACUCCAAACACUUAACUCUUUGAGCUCUGUGAUGUGGAGUGUGUUGUUGCAUUUCAUGGUAUAAGUAUAAGGAUAAUGCAUUUUUACUUUGGUUUUGUAAUGGAUGGUAAAGUUUGUCUCUUGUGUGUUUUGAUAGAGCUGUGUGAGACACUGUGUCAAUGGUAAAAGAUUUUAUCUGAAUAUAGAAUGUUAUCUAUCAAUGGUGAUACUGAUAGUUGUGGGUUUUCUUGUAAAGAUAUUGACUUUAAUACAUAUAAUGGUAAGGUUUAGUUUGUGUGUUCAGGGUUUAAAUGCCUUAACAAAAGUGUGAAGAAUGAACUAUUUCUGAUGCUGUUCAUUUCCCCUCAUCCAGAUGUAUCUUUUUGAACUAUCUGUAUUCGUGUGAAAACAUUCCAAUGUAUAGACAGUUUGUUUUUUUGCGUGUGUCCAAUGUUCAUGAAUGUUUGCAAGCUGAGAGUGAGAGGGAACUUAUGGGACAAGGAUCUGAUAUAUGAAAAAGCCUCUUUCAUGAAGAGAUCAUCGGGGGCUCAAUGAAAAUUAGGUUCUUGUGGAAAUUAAAUGCUUACAAAACAAAAAUGUUUUUCAUUGUCUUCUUGUAGCCUACCAUACUUUGAUAAUAAAAUGUCACAAGUUGAUACA